UUUUGUUCGUCUGGCAUUUGUCACACUCUGAACGUGUUUAGACACACUCUCCAAAGACUUUGAUUAACGUAAUUAUUAUUAAAAAAAAAUAAUAAUAAUGGCCUUUUUCUUUGGUAAUCAAUGCCAAUACCGCAACUGCGGACAAAAGUUUAAUUCACUCGCAGCUUUAAUUCAGCAUGUAGAACGGUGCCAUGUUUUCCUAGACGACGAUGAGAAAAUAAGUAAUGAUCAAUGUCAAAUGGUGCCCUUAAGCAAAGUGCUUCCAAACGAUAUAAAUGAUGUUAGAAUGGGUCGUCCAGUUAGUCAACCUUCAGGUUCACGUCGAAACUUUAAUGCUUUAUCUUCAUUGCAAGCUAUUGUUGGUAAUGGUAACCCAAAUGAGACUCCAGUCCAUCGUUCUCGUGCCAAACAUCCAUCAACUUCAUCUGUCCUAAAUGUCAACAUGAAUACUCCUGAAUCGUUUUUACAAGCAAGUGAUUUUAAUAGUUCAAUUUCUUCAUACAAUUCCUUUGAAAUGCCAUCAAUGUCACCCAUGGAACUAUUUGUAAGUCGUAGUGCUGGGCUAUCCUCACCAACAGGAAGUAAUCAAGACUCUGAUGUUGAAUCUGAUAUAGCAUUUCUGUUUGAAAAUGCUUCCAACAGUCGCAUUUUCAAUACAGAAUCGUUAUUAGUACCAGAUCAAAGAGAUGAACCUACUACUGACCGAAAUUCUUUUGCAUUGGAAUUCAAUACUGAAAUGCCAACUACAAGUCGCGGUAUGUAUUCCCAAAAUCCACCAGGUGAACUUAUUUCAAUAGCUGGUCAAGUCAACGCACUUAGAGAAAUGCAAAAUGAAUUAGGGGCUACCACAAUGACUAGAUGUAACAGAAAUACUCAUAUUGAGCAAAGUGGUUUAACUGUGGAAGAAAUUAUAAAGUUGUCAGUGCGAUUAGCAGAUCAUUCAGAGGCAAAACCCUACAGGUGCCCUAUAGAAGGAUGUAAUAAAAAAUAUAAGGGCUUGAACGGACUUAAGUAUCACAUUAAUGCACCUCGCAAGCAGAGAACCAAACCCAUCAAAAAAAGGGAAAAAUCUAAACAAGUAAGUGAAUGUCCUGCAGAACCACCUGAACAUGUGCCACAACCUUCUGCGGUGCGUCCUUCUCAUGAUAUCGAAAAUGAAUACAUGGAAGAGGACAUUAAUGUGGUGGACCUAUGAGUGUUCAAGUGCUUAAUGGAAGUAAUUUUAAAACUUUUAAAAUAUCUCAACUAAUUUACAUUACAAAAAAUUUAAAUAACUAUUCUAAAUAUCCUAUAUAGUAAAUUGUUCUGAUUCUUGCAUUUAUAACAUCCAUACAUUAAAUAAAAUUUGGA